AUGACACAGUCAAAGACCGUCUCUGAACGGUAUCAGAAGAUAUCGCAAUUAGAGCAUAUUUUAAAGAGACCAGAUACAUACAUUGGUUCUGUUGAAGUACAGGAAUCGCAACAAUGGAUUCAUGAUGAAACAACCGAUUGUAUGAUUGAAAAAACUGUAAAUAUAGUCCCUGGUCUUUUCAAAAUUUUCGAUGAAAUCUUGGUUAACGCUGCAGAUAACAAGGUUCGUGAUCCUAGUAUGAAGAAGAUUGAUGUUGUCAUUAAUCAAGAGGAGAAUACUAUUGAAGUCAAGAAUGAUGGUAAGGGUAUUCCCGUUGAAAUUCAUGAUAAGGAAGGUAUUUAUAUUCCUGAAUUAAUUUUUGGCCAUCUUUUGACAUCCUCUAAUUACGAUGACGAUGAGAAGAAAGUUACAGGUGGUAGAAACGGUUACGGUGCUAAGCUUUGUAAUAUUUUUUCCACAGAAUUCAUACUAGAGACCGCUGAUCCUUCUAGAGGGCAUAAAUAUAUCCAAAAUUGGGAAAACAACAUGUCUACGUGUCAUCCGCCUAAAAUUACGUCUUACAAGAAAGGUCCAUCUUAUACAAAGGUCAUAUUCAAACCAGAUCUUCAAAGAUUCGGGAUGGACAAACUUGACGAUGAUAUAGUUGGUGUUAUGAGGCGUCGUGUCUAUGAUAUCAAUGGUUCCGUACGUGAUGUGAACGUCUCAUUGAAUGGUAAAGCUUUAAAGAUUCGUAACUUCAAAAACUACGUCGAGUUAUACUUGAAAUCACUAGAGAAGAUCAAAUUAAAUAGACUUAGAGAGUCGAGUACCCCAGAUGAACCAAUGCAAGAGCCUACUAAAAUCCCAACUAUCUUAUAUGAAAGAAUUAAUGAUCGUUGGGAAGUUGCAUUUGCAGUAUCGGAAAACUCAUUUCAACAAAUAUCAUUUGUUAAUUCGAUCGCCACUACAUCAGGUGGUACACAUGUUAACUAUGUUACAGAUCAAAUUAUAAAGAAAGUAUCUGACCGCUUGAAGAAACAAAAGAAGACAAUCAAACCUUUCCAAAUUAAGAACAACAUGUUUAUUUUCAUCAAUUGCUUAAUUGAGAACCCUGCAUUCACUUCUCAAACCAAAGAACAAUUAACGACAAGGGUCAAGGAUUUCGGUUCCAAGUGCGAAGUCCCAUCAGAAUUCAUCAAUAAAAUAAUGAAGACUGAUCUUGCGACGAAGAUCUUUGAAAUUGCCGAUGAGAAUGCUCAUAAGCAAUUGAAGAAAACUGAUGGUUCAAGAAAGAACAGAAUUACUGAGUACCCCAAACUUGAAGAUGCAAAUAUGGCUGGAACAAAAGAAGGUUACAAAUGUACUUUGGUUCUAACAGAAGGUGAUUCUGCCUUGUCUCUUGCAGUUGCUGGGUUGGCUGUCGUUGGAAGAGAUUAUUAUGGAUGUUUCCCCUUAAGAGGUAAAAUGUUAAAUGUUAGGGAAGCGACCCCUGAUCAAAUCAGUAAGAACGCGGAAAUUCAAGCCAUAAAAAAAAUUAUGGGGUUGCAGCAUAAGAAGCGGUACGAAGAUACUACAACUUUAAGAUAUGGUCAUAUUAUGAUUAUGACGGAUCAAGAUCACGAUGGUUCACAUAUCAAAGGUUUGAUCAUUAAUUUCCUGGAGAGUUCCUUCCCUGGUCUUCUCGAUAUUCCAGGAUUUUUAAUAGAAUUUAUCACACCCAUCAUUAAAAUCACAAUCUCAAGACCCAAGAAAGAAACCAUUUCUUUCUAUAACAUGCCAGAUUACGAAAAGUGGAGAGAAGAAGAGUCUCACAAGUACACUUGGAAACAGAAGUAUUACAAGGGUUUGGGUACGUCGACACAACAGGAAGCACGUGAGUACUUUUCAGGUUUAGAUAAGCACUUGAAGAAAUUCCAUGCCUUGCAAGGUGAUGAUUCUCAAUUAAUUGAUCUAGCAUUUUCAAAAAAGAAGGCGGACGACCGUAAAGAAUGGCUAAAAUUGUAUGAGCCUGGUACUGUAUUAGAUCCAAAGCUAACAGAGAUUCCAAUCAGUGAUUUUAUCAAUAAAGAAUUAAUUCUUUUCUCUCUAGCAGACAACAUUAGAUCUAUUCCCUCUGUUUUAGAUGGUUUGAAACCUGGUCAGAGGAAAGUUAUCUAUGCCUGCUUCAAACGUAAUUUGAAAAGUGAAAUCAAGGUCGCUCAAUUAGGUGGUUAUGUUUCAGAACAUACAGGGUAUCAUCAUGGUGAACAAUCUUUGUAUCAAACUAUUGUCGGUCUAGCUCAGGAUUUUGUUGGUUCCAAUAAUAUUUACUUGUUGAAACCAAAUGGUGCCUUCGGUACAAGAGCAACAGGUGGUAAAGAUUCUGCUGCGCCAAGAUAUAUCUUCACGGAGCUAAACAAACUUACGAGAAAAAUUUUCAAUACUCUCGACGAUCCAUUAUUGAAUUAUAUUCAAGAUGAUGAACAGACUGUAGAACCUGAAUGGUAUUUACCGGUUAUUCCAAUGGUUUUAGUAAAUGGUACUGAAGGUAUUGGUACGGGUUGGAGUACUAAUAUUCCUCCUUUCAAUCCAAUGGAUAUUGUCAAUAAUGUGAAGCGUCUGAUGAAGGGAGAGGAAAUGGAGCAGAUGGCGCCAUGGUACAGGGGAUGGCAGGGAUCCUUGGAGAAGAUAGAUCCACAAAAGUAUCGUACUUAUGGUAGAAUCGAACAAAUCGAUGAAAAUACGUUGGAAAUAACGGAACUGCCUCCCAAGACUUGGACUUCCGUCAUCAAGGAGCAUUUACUAUUGGGUUUAAGUGGUAAUGAUAAGGUUAAGCCUUGGAUUAAAGACAUACAAGAACAGCAUGGAGCCACCAUCAAGUUUAUUAUCACCUUGACUUCCGAUGAAAUGGAGAAGACGAGAAAAAUAGGUUUCUAUGAAAGAUUCAAAUUGGUUUCUACGGUAAGUCUCAGCAACAUGGUUGCAUUCGAUCCUCAGGGGAAGAUUAAAAAAUACGAUGAUGUUCGUGACAUUUUGUCUGACUUUUAUUAUACUCGACUCACCUAUUAUCAGAAGAGAAAAGAUUAUAUUGGUGAAAGGCUAAAGUGGGAAGUUGAAAAGCUAUCAUAUCAAGUUAAAUUCAUUAUGAUGAUCGUUGAGAAAAAGUUAUCAGUCAGUAACAAACCUCGUCCAGUCCUCUUCGAAGAAUUAAUGUCCUUGGGUUUCCCAAGAAUCAACAAAGAAGGAAAACCAACCUACGGUAAAGUCGAGGAGCAAGCACAAAUAGAAGCAUUGAAUGACGAAGAUGAUGAUGAUGAUGACGAAGAGAAAAGCGAAGCAGAAGACAACGCUGAAGAAAGUGAAGAUGUUGUAAACGGACCAGAAGAGAAAUUUGGUAAUUACGACUAUUUGUUAGGUAUGAAAAUCUGGGCUUUGACAAAGGAAAGAUAUGAAAAGUUAAUGAAACAAAUGCAAGAGAAACAAACAGAAUUGGAACGGCUAUUAAAACUUUCUGCUAAAGAUUUAUGGGAAAUUGAUUUAGACGACUUCGUAGAACAUUACGAAAAAUUCAUUCAGUACGACGAAGAGGUUCGUAACAGCAUCGUUCCCGAUGCAGCCACCACCAAGAAGGGUAAGAGAAGAAAGCGCGGUAAAAACGAUGACAAUGAUUCAAAACAACCAAAAAAAAGAGCCAGAAAAUCUGUCAAGAGAGAAUAUGUUGAUUUUGAAAGAGUUUUAAUCGAACCAAGAGUUAUUGAAAAGGUUAAAAGGGUACCAAAAAUUAAAACUGAAAACAACGAUAUUGUAAAGAAACUUUCAAAGGCAAAAUCCACUAAACAAACGACCCCAGAGGUCAAAGAAGAUCCAGAACCAACCGCCUCUCAUGCUAGUACCAUCUUUGCAAAGAAGGCGGAUUCAGUCUCUAAGGAACCCGAGGAAGACAAUGAUGAGUUCAGCGUAUUUUCCAGUAAAUUCAAAAAAUUGAGCUCUGCGUUCAAUGAUAAUGGCGAUUCCACGUCCGCGUCUCCUAUUCCAUCCAUAGCGUCUAAAUCCCAGGAUACUGUAGGAAUCUCUCCUCUCAAAGACGACGACGACGAUGACGAAAAGAUUCUAGCAGGCAAGAAAAAGACAACAAGGAAACAAAAUUCGCAGACAGCAGAUCUAGUCUCACUGAGCGAUGAAAGUGAUCUUGAUAUUCUUGAAAACUUACCCUCUCAACCACGAAAGAGAAGUCCAAGAUUGACUCAAACUACGAAGUCCAACUACACACAGGAUUUAUCAGACGACAGUUUCUUAGAUGACGAUGAUGAAGAAGCAAACUCCGAUGCAUCAUUCCAAGAAUCUGACUGA